AUGUCGACUUCACAUGCACAACGUCGUCGAGUGCAACAGCAAUCGAGUGCCUUCCCUACUCGGCAGCUGUUUGUGCUAGCGCUGUGCCGUAUAUGCGAGCCAAUUGCCUUCAUGUCAAUUUUUCCUUAUAUCUAUUACAUGAUCUCGUCUUUCCACAUUACCGACGAUGAAAAGCAAAUAUCUCUAUACGCGGGCAUGGUCACAUCCGCGUUUGCCUUCGCCGAGUUCUCGACGGGAGUUAUGUGGGGUAGAUUAAGUGACAAGGUUGGACGCAAGCCAAUUCUUCUUAUGGGAUUGGCUGGGACUGGUAUCAGCAUGAUUGUCUUUGGGUUCUCUCCAAACUUGACUACGGCUCUUAUUGCUCGUGCAUUGGGAGGUCUCCUCAAUGGGAACAUCGGUGUUUUGCAAACGACCGUCGCAGAAGUAGUCACUGUCGAGGCUCAUCAAGCACGUGCCUAUUCGAUCAUGCCCUUUGUCUGGUGCCUUGGGUCAAUCGUUGGCUCUGGACUUGGAGGCACCCUUGCGGAUCCCGUGCGCAACUAUCCUGGUUACUUUGAGCAUGGUUCCCUAUUCGACAGAUUCCCCUAUCUUCUUCCGAACUUGGUCUGCGCCGGAGUUGUCAUCUUUGGCAUGGUGAUCGGCGUACUCUUCCUGGAAGAAACUCAUGAAGACCUCAAGGGCCAAAGAGACUAUGGUCUUGAUAUUGGCGACUGGAUCUUGAACUUCUUCCGACCCAACCAGCUCGAGGAGAAAGCUGGCGAGACGCUCGCUCUUUUCGAAGAUGCUGCUCCUGGCUACUCGUCAAGCCAGUCAUCCCCAACUGUGAAUCCAACUCUCGUUGGAGAGCUACCGAACGAAGCACAGCCUGUGUCAUUGCCUAUGAGCUCGCGUCGACGUGAUGCUGCCGUCUCCAAGGCUUUCACUUGGCAGGUCUGCCUCAAUAUCGUUGGAUAUGGUAUCCUUGCCUAUCACACGAUCUCCGCAGAACAGCUUCUCCCUGUGCUGUUCAGUCUGCCUGAGUCUCAUGAGACUCCCCACCUACCAUUCCAAUUCUCUGGUGGCUUUGCGCUACCCACAAAAGUCAUCGGCUUCAUUCUCUCCGCUCAAGGAUUCAUCCAGAUGUUCGCCACGCUGUUCGUGUUCCCAUUUGUCAACCGCAAGAUUGGGAGUCUGGCUACAUUCAGACUCGUCAUUCUCUCCUACCCGCUUCUCUAUCUGAUGGUUCCUUACCUCACACUUGUGCCGACAGCUCUGCGCAUGCCCUGCAUCUACUUUGUGCUCGUCUGGAAGGUCACAGCACAAGCUCUCUCAUACCCGUCACUUGCCAUCAUGUUGGCGAACGCGGCUCCCUCGAAGAAGGUUCUCGGCACCUUGAACGGAGUGGCUGCCUCAUCCGCAAGUUUGUGCAGGGCAUUCGGCCCCACGUUGUCAGGUUUGGUCCAAUCGCUAGGCCUUUCGGUGGGAGUGCUCGGUCUUCCAUGGUGGGCAAACAGCUUCGUCGCGUUGAUCGGCGCAACAUUAAGCUUGCGCAUGAUCGAAGAGAAGCGCCGAUACUCAAAAGUUGAAGAGGCAAGUCUUGACUCGGAGGACCUCCCGUUCUUGGAUGCAGACGAACUGGAAAGCUCUGACGAGGAACUCGGCCAUUGA